GUUUGGUUGUCACACUCAUUGGGUAAAUAACAAACCACCCACUUAUUUUGAAGCCUGCCAUUGGGGCAAAUCACGGGAAGUUUAAUGUUGGCGAAACUAAAAGAAACGAGCAGAAAACAAGAAUAGGUGGGAAGAGGGGAUUUUAUCUAAUGAAACGGUCAUUUCCCGAUAACUACUAUCUCUGACUCCUCCAGUUUUUUUUUUUUUUUUCUCGGGGUGGCUCAUCUUUUGCAGCGCUUCGGCUAACCAGCUAACUGUCUCGGCUGAACGUGUGGAGCAAAAUACGCCGCGGUCGGAUUGUAUAGGACUGGGUAAAUUUCCUGGAGGAGGUGUUCUCCACCCACAGACAGCUGCUUUGUUCUUCGUGUCUUCCUUUUUUUGUCUAUGUGCUGGCGGAACGUCCCCACUGCCUGUAUGCUAGCCAGCUAACGAACCCAGGUUUGCUGUCAGGAGUCGUUGGACGCCCCCCCUCCACCGCCAUCAUGAUAUGACGGCUUUAUAUUAACUGCGGGGUCCCGCACGCGGAGCAUGCAGGAGAACAGAGUCCAGAUAAAGAGAUAGGGGACGUCAGUUGAACGAGGACUGUGUGGUUUAGUCACAGAUUAGAGGUCGUGGCCCGAGAGGAAAAGUGAAGGAUGAAGAAGUUUUCCAGAAUGCAAAAGUCCGAGAGCGGAGGACUCGGAGGGCCGUCCGGUUCCAGCUCCAGCUCGGGGGUCAGCAGCUACUUCGGGAAAGUGUUCGCAGUGGGCCGGUAUCAGGUCACCGUGGAGGAGCUCGUCGCUGAAGGGGGCUUUUCUGUGGUGUUCCUGGCUCGGACGCAUAGCGGCGUCCGCUGCGCUCUUAAAAGAAUGUACGUGAACAACGUGCCGGACCUGAAUGUCUACAAGAGAGAGAUCACCAUCAUGAAAGAGCUGUCGGGCCACAAGAACAUUGUCCGUUACCUGGACUCGACAAUCAGCUCGGUUUCAGACAGUGUGUGGGAGGUCCUGAUUCUCAUGGAGUACUGCAAAGCGGGUCAGGUAGUGAAGCAGAUGAACCAGCGGUUAAAUGUGGGUUUCAGUGAAGCCGAGGUCCUCCACAUCUUCUGUGACACAUGUGAAGCUGUGGCUCGCCUUCAUCAAUGCAAGACCCCCAUCAUUCACAGGGACCUUAAGGUUGAAAACAUCCUUCUGAACGACCAGGGAAACUACGUCCUGUGUGACUUCGGCAGCUCCACUCAUAAGAUCCUGUUGCCUCUUAAAGACGGAGUGACGGCCGUGGAGGAUGAGAUAAAGAAGUACACAACCCUCUCAUAUCGGGCCCCGGAGAUGAUUAACUUGUACGCAGGAAAAGCCAUCACCACUAAAGCUGAUAUCUGGGCACUCGGAUGCUUGUUGUACAAGCUGUGUUUCUUCACACUUCCAUUUGGGGAGAGUCAGGUGGCCAUAUGUGACGGAUCCUUUAUCGUCCCGGAUAACUCAAAGUUCUCCACCAAGUUGCACUGCUUGAUCAGAUAUAUGCUUGAGCCGGACCAGGAGAAAAGACCAGACAUCUACCAAGUGUCCUACUUUGCCUUUAAAUUAGCUGGAAGAGACUGCCCAGUCCCAAACCUCUCAAACUCUCCCAUCCCAACAUCUCUUCCUGAGCCUCUAACAGCCAGUGAGGUGGCUGCUAAGAAGAGUAUGACUAAAGCCAGGAUAACCGACUCCGUGGGUCCAACAGAAACAUCCAUAGCUCCCAGGCAGAGGCCGAAGGCUGCAAACAGCAACGUCCUGCCUCUCCCCAACACAGUCACUCCUGUCAAAAUGACCGUGCCUUCAGCACCCGUCAGCAACGGCCAGAAAGCUCCCACUCCUGGAUCGGGGCAGCCGACUGUGCAGACGGCGCCCAGCAGCCAGCAGCACCGCGUCCUGCAGCAGCUGCAGCCUGGGGACCUGCGUCUGCAGCAGCUUCAACAACAACAAGCAGUGCAGCAGCAACAUGCUAAUGCUCAGCAUCUGCAAUACUUGCAGUACCAACAGGCAGUGCAGCAGUCCCUGCAGCUUCAGCACCAGCAGGCUCUGCUCCAGCAGCAGCAGCAGCAGAUGAUGAUGCAGCCCAUGUAUCAGCAGCAAGUCGCUCAGGCCCAAUAUGCUGCCUUGCUGCACCAGUACCAACAGGCUUUUGUCCAGCAGCAGCAGCACCACCAUCAUCAUCAUCAGCAGCAGCAGCUUCCCGCUCAGCAGCCUCUUCCCUAUAUGUCUUCCCCUCUUGAGUUCCAGAUCCCUCUGGCUUCUCUAAACGCCACCACGCCCACUGCUGGAUCCGGAGCUGCACUUGGACCUGGAUCUGGACCAUCCCCUGUUGAAACCUCAUACACUAACCCCAGUAGAAACGCCCUGCUGGCCACAGAUGGUAUCACCCCAACCUCUCAGAGCAGCAGCGCCGUCAGUCACCCCCCCGACAUGUCGGGCUGGAACCCUUUUGGAGAGGACAACUUCUCCAAACUAACGGAGGAGGAGCUGAUCGACAGAGAGUUCGACCUGCUCAGAGCAAAGAAGCCAGAGGAGAGGACAGCCGGCGUGGAAACGGAGCCAUCGCCAUCUACAGCUCUUCCACCGGAGGAUCUGUUCGGCUCAGUCCCAUUCGUGGCCAACGCAGGACCUGCAGUGAUGAGCAGUGAGCAGCCUGUGGAGGUCGUCUCCAACAUCCCAGCUCCCAUCAAGGACCCGCACUCAGUCAAGGAGUCCAAACCAGGAAAGAAGAACAGCUGUAAACCUGCAGAUGAGUCCGACAGCGACUUCGAGUCUGACCCGCCUUCGCCUAAGAGCAGUGAGGAUGAAGAGCAGGAGGAAGAGGAGGCCUUGAACAGUGAACACGGUGAAGACACAGAGCCAGAGAACCUUGGACAGAGGCCUCUGCUGAUGGACUCUGAGGAAGAGGAGGACGAGGACAAACACAGCUCAGAUUCAGACUGUGAUGCCAACAAGGUUAAAAUCCGCUCAAAGAAACCUGCAGCCGCUAAAGUAGCCGAUCCCAGUGCUUCCAGGAGUCCACUAGGGGGGUCUAGGACCAGUCUGGUCACCCCUCCAGUGUCGCCCAGUGGAGCCAGAAACACUGACGUUUUUGGUGCCAUCCCUUUUGUCAGAGGAGCUUCACCAGCGAGCCCCUCAGAGAUCACUGAUAUCUUCACUAAAGCACCUUUCAGGCAGGUCAGUCAGGAAGACCCGGCCGCCGACGAUUUUGAUGUUUUUACCAAAGCCCCGUUCAGUCGGAAUGUUUCCAAGUCGGGAAGGAGCGGCAGCGAUGUCACCAUGGGACAAACGCCGCCGGUAUCUCCCGAAGGUACCGACGUCUUCGGCUUCUCGCCUUUUCAGCCGGGCCCCUCAGAGCCUCCUCCCACCACCUCCAGGAGCGCAGAGGACAUCUUCGAGUUGCCAUUUGAGGAUUCGGCAAACCUGCAGAGGCAGAAGCAACGCAGUCUGCAGAAGCUGUCAUCACGCCAGAGAAAAACCAAGCAGGAGGCGACGGCGGGGGGUGGCAACGGCAAGCGGCAUCACAGCACCCCGACCGGAGGACGGAAGGGCAACAAGCCGACCUACCGCACCCCAGAGAGGGUCCGCAGGCACAAGAAGGUGGGCCGCAGAGAUUCUCAGAGCAGCAACGAGUUCCUGAGUACCUCCGACUCCAAGGAGAACAUCAGCGUGGACAUCAGCAUGGCUGAAGGGAAAGACAAAGCAGCGCCUCUGCCGGUGGACGAUGCUCUGUUGGACCUCUUUGGGGCCAAACCGUUCCACCCUCCAGACAGCAGCCGCCUCGGCCAGUACCCCCAGCUCAGCGACGCCAGGGGUGACAUGAGCACCGCUAACGGGAAGUCAUGGAGUGGCGGCGAAAGCAGGAGCAUGGAUGAUUUCGGGGCGGUGCCCUUCACAGAACUGGUGAUUCACAGUGGACCGCAGCAGCCCGCGGCGCCUUCGCAGCCGCUGGACCUCGACCCUUUUGGGGCGGCGCCGUUUCCCUCCAAGCAGUAGCUAAUGCGUCUUCCCGCUCUGCCAGUAGCAGUUAACCCUGAGCCCUUUUGGUUUGGGAUCAUUUUUAACCACUUUUUCUAAUAAGAAAGCCUGAAUCCUGUGGAGUGUUUCUGCCUUUAUGCUGCAUCUUAACGCUUUUAGGACUUUUUGAAGAGAGAAAUCGUACUGUGAUCAUAACGCCUAUACUUGACUGCUAAAAGCUCUUUUUAAUCUGCCUUCUGAUAGAUUUAAGCACCAGGAAGCCUUACCUUAGCACCUCGGAGAACAACAGUUCUGCCGCAUGGUUUGAAAGCAGCUUUUAACCACUUUGUCUCGUCCUCUGUGGGUUUUUAUCUAUGCAUCCUUUCCCUGCAGCCAAACGUGGGCGUGGCCAAGCUACAUUUCACUAGAAGGGAAUUCGUUUUUAUCUUAAAACAUUUGAAGCUUUUGUUUGAUGCCAUUAAUUUUUAGGCUAACUGUAGCAGAAAAACUUCUGCUGA